AUGAGUGGACCAAACCAAAAUUUAAAUCAAAAUUUUAUUGAUAACCAUCACUGUUCCCUUUCGUCAUGGUACGUAAUUAAACAUUCAUGGAAAAAGAAGAAGAGAUUUUUAUCAAUUGACCCAAUUAAUUUAACAACCCAUGAUUGUUCUUCCUGGGAAAAUACCAACCAAUGGGCCUGGGAAAAUGGUAUUGCCGAUGUCUACCCAUCCGAAAAGCAUUUGGAUCAAGUUGUUAUUGUUACUAAAAAAGACGGAAAGAAAAAAGAUACUCUAAAUUUUGAAUCUGACCACAGAUCAGAUUUAUUAACAGAUUUACAAAGAUCUUUAUCAGUUGUCAGAGCAGCUGAAAAACAAGGCAAAACAAUCGAUCAAAUUAAUUAUAGACAUUUGGGUAGAACUGGAUAUGUUAGCGAAAUGAGUUUGCGUGAAUUAAUGACAGGAAUGUACAAGAGUUAUUCAGCAAAAAAGCUAAAGCGUAAUGGAACAUGGUUGGACGUUAAAUUGACUGUUUGUUCAUGCUCAAUUGAAGAAACUAAUCCACAGGCCACUACAAAUGAAAAUUUAAAGAUCAGAGCAUCCUAUUUUUUCAAAGAUGUGACAAAAAUUGAACAAUUGGCAGAUAAUCCAAGUGCUUAUCUUUUCUAUAUGAAUGGUAAUGAUCAAGCAGCUACUGACCUUUUUAUUGUCAACGAUCCUAAAUUCAUUGAAAAUAUCGUUCAAUUCUCUAAAAAAUAUAUUGGUCAAGAUAUCAAGUUUAUGAAAUCCCAAUCUUCGUUAUCUGAUUAUCCAUCUCAUCGUUAUAAAAGACAUGGAAAAGAUGAUGAUGAAGCCUUGGUUUCGAUUAUAGACUUUAAUGUUAAUAAGUUUAGCUCAAGACAUCCAACUUCUGUCCCAAGAUUAUUAUCACUAUCAACUACAAAAAUUGUUGAAAGAGACUUAACAAAUUAUUCAAUUAUUACCACAAGACCAUAUUCCACAAUUGCAUGCUUUGUAAGAUAUGAUUCAGAUUCACAAAAAUUAUCUAUUCAAUAUAAAGAUGGUUUACUUAGAACCUAUACAUCUUCAUCAAGAGAUGCUUUAAUUGCUAGUGCUUUAGAUUUCUGCAGAUCCGUUGGGAAUGUUAAUGCCACUGUUUUCACAUCUCAAAUUGUUAGAGGUAUGAAAAUUACUCCUCACCAUAUUGUUCCAAAUGAAGAUAUCCAAGAGCAAUAUAUUAGAUUGUUUGAACAUAAAUCUUUUGAUUUUGAAAAUUUAACAGUCUCACAAAUUACAUUAACUUUAGAUGGUUUUAUUUCAAAUAUUCCAUAUAGUGGUUUAAGCAAUAAUUUUUCAGAAAAGAAUGGUAAAGUUGUAUUGAAUGCAAUUAAUAAAAUUUUAGGUGGUCUCAAGAUUUCAAAUAUUGGUGGUUCAGUUUCAUCAUUAUCAAACAAUGCAACCAACUCACAAAGCAAUGAAAAGAAUGAUUUAGAACUUAUUUCCGUAGUAUUACAAAUGUUAAGAAGGGUUGUAGCUACUAGAGUGGGUUUCGAACUAUUUACCCAUUUCCCACAUUGCAAAGUUCCAUUAAUUAAUUUAUUAAGAAAAUCAAUUCAAUGUGUUGAUGAUACUAUUGCUUACUAUGCCUUAGAUUUAUUAAUUUCUUUAAUUCAACCUGCUUUUGAAGGUGAAUACGAACCAGGUCAAUGCCAAGCAAAUAAAAGAGAAUUGUUUUUAAGUAUAGAUUUAAAUAAAACAAUUUUUGAAAUUAUUCAAAAACAUUCACAAGCUGGUACAGGUUCAUUGGUUUUAUCAUCAGCAAUUGAAUUAUUAACAUUAAUUUUAUGCGAACCAUACAGUGAAACUACCGAUACAGCCAUUUUUAAUGAUAUGUUAUCAAGAGUUGGAAAAUUAGGUAAAGAUCUAUUUAAAUUAUUUACACAUCAAUGUCCAGCUAUCUCAAAGAAUGCUGGUAUGUUAAUGACAGUUGUUAUUAAUGAAGGCGAGGAAGAUUCAGCUAAACAAAUGCAAAUUAUUUCAGUUGUCGAGGGUGCUCUCUUACGUCAUCUUCACGAUUCACUCUUUUUAAGAAUUAAUCCAGCUCAAAACAACCCAACCAAUAUUAGAAAUCAAACAAAAAGAGAGAUGAGUAAACAGUUAGUUACUCUUUGGACCGCUGAAAAUAAAGUUUGCCGUGCACUUUUAGAUAGAAUUUUCCCAAGAGGUCUUGUCCAAUAUUUAGACUCACCCGAAGAGGCACCAAAAGAACAAUUAAUCGAAGCUAAACAAGAAUCAACUGGACCAAAGGCUAUUAAACUUGGUAUAUUUGCUAAUUGGAGAAUGAAAAAGAUUCUUAAAACAAGAGAGAUGAUGGCAAAAGUAACAGCAAGAGUAAAGAAAGAAACUAAACCUAUGAAGCCAUUUAAUUGGGCAAUGUUUUACUAUCAAUUCAAUCAAGACCAUCGUGAUGCCAAUUUAAUUUGGAACCAUACUACUCGUGAGGAGCUCAGAGAAUCAAUGGAUAAUGAAAUAAGACUCUUCCAACAAGAGUUAGAAGCUGCUGGUAGAGAAGUAAUUGCUUGGAACGACGAAGAUUUCGAAGUCCCAUACCCAAGUUUAAAGAAGGAGAUCUCGGUUGGUGGUUAUUAUAUUUCACUUUUAGUUGAUGGUACUAGCAAAGGUAUUAAACUAAUGAACCCAGGUUUAUUUUUUAAUGAAUUAUGGCAAAACUUCCUCUUAAAUGAAUCAUCAGAUCAAAAAGCACUUUGUCUUAGAGCCAUGACAUUAGUUUUCACUCAUUACCAUAGUCAUCCAUCAAUGACACAUCCAUUCUCAAAUAUUUCACAUUUGGUAGAACUUUUAGAAAAUACUUUUGAUGUUAUUCUUAGAGAUCGUCUCUUAUUAUUCCUUCGUAGUUUACUUUUAAUUAAAGCCAAUGCCAAGUUAUUCAUCGAUAAUAGAGGUAUCUAUAGAUUAUUGGAUCUCAUUACUUUAAUUCACACUCAUUAUACCUAUGGUGAAGAGGGUAGAUUGCUUGCAGAAUGGUAUUAUGCAGUCGAGGUCGUAAAUGAAGGAACAGGUGCUGUUACUCAACAAAAAGCUGGUCCAGUUUCAAGAGCUGACCUUUUAUCUUUAUUAAAUGAUAAAAAGAUUAAUAGAAAUACUAAAUGCUGGGCUCAAGGUACUGAAAAAUGGAAACCCUUAUAUCAAAUUCCAGAGCUUCGUUGGACCGUUAUGAUGGGCACUACUCAUGGUAAUGUUGGUGGGGUCCUACCAAAAGCAGAGUUAGGUAGUGUUAUUUUGGAUAUUUUGAAUGCUCUUUGCAGCUUUAGACCAACACGUCAUCCAGUUACCAAUGCUGUCAUUCGUCCAUUACCAAGAGUCAAGAGAAUCAUUUGUGAACCAUUAAAUUUACCAAGAAUCGUUCAAGUACUUUUAUCAGGCCAAGAUAUGUUGGUUGAAAAAACAGCUAUUCUUUUACAAUCACUUUUAGUAGAUAACAGUAUUAUAACAAGCAAAUUCUAUUUAACUGGUGCUUUCUUCUUUAUGAUGCUCUAUCCAAAUUCAAAUGUUUUACCAAUUGUUAAACUCUUACAACUCAUUCACAACAAACAACACCUUAUCACAUCCGAAGAAAAUUCAAGUCGACGUUCAAUCCUCUUACCAUUAUUACCAGAAGCUUUAAUUUGCUAUUUAGAAAACUAUACCCCAGAAAACUUUGCUUCGAAAUUCCUCUCCGAUAAUGAUGACCCAGAAACUAUUUGGAAUAGCUCAAUGAGAAAGGUUAUGAGAGAAAAGAUAGAGUUACAUUUAGCCUCACUUCCACAACGUCUUCAUUCAAAUACAACUACCAUUUACGAAUAUGUUCCAAUUCCAAAGAUUGUUUACGAAGAAUUAGAGGGCGAACUUUUCUGUCACUCAUUCUACUUAUCACGUCUCUGUAAUACAAGAAAAUUCCCAAAUUGGCCAAUCAAACAACCAUUGGAACUCUUCAAGAGUGUUUUACAAGUAUGGUCAGAAGAAGCCGUUAAAGUUCCACAAAAAUUAUCUGUUGAUGAAGCUCUUGAAAUUUUAAAUCUUAAACCAAAUAAAGGUACAAAUGGCAAAGCUCAUAACUACAAAGAUGAUGAAAUUCGUAAAGCUUAUUACAAAUUGGCUGCUAAAUACCAUCCAGAUAAGAACCCAGAUGGCAGAGAAAUGUUUGAAAAAAUUCAAGAGGCAUACGAACUUUUAUCAACUGUCAACAAUAUUGAUAAUGAAAGAGGUAGUGAUAAGAAGAUAUCACUUUUACUUUUAACCCAAGUUAUUCUUUACACUAGAUUUAUGGACCUCUUUAGACCAUUCAAAUAUCCAGCAUAUGGCCAAUUAUGGAAACUUAUUGUCGAUUUAAUUCCACACGACAAAUCAUUCGAUAAUAAUAAUAAGACUCCAUUAAUUUCACCAGCCAUGGCUCUCUUACAUCUUACCGUUGAGGCUUCACCACUCAACUCUGAAGAAAUUACUAGAAAUAAUGGUGUACCAAUAAUUGCUAAAUGCUUUGAUAAAUCUGUUACUUUAACAUUCGAAAAACUUGAUGUUCCAACUCUUAUCAUUCAAACUACUCCAAUUUCUCCAUCAUUUGCAGGUAAACAAAUUAAAGGUGAUAUUCCAGAACCAAACAAGGAUGGAUCUACUAAUACUCCACCAGAUUUGAAUAAAUCUGAUAGUCCCUCAACUGGUGCAUCCUCAACUUCAAAUGCUACCUCAACCCCAUCACAAGCCCUUAUUACAAUUAGAUCAUCCAAAUUCAAUAUCAAUGAUCAUAGUGAUGGUACUGCUGAUAUCCCUGGUGAAGUCAUUGGUAGUAUUUUAAGAACCCUUACUGUAAUGGCCAAGUUCCCUGGUUCACGUAAACAAUUAGAAGCCAAUAAUCUUGCAUUAAAGAUUUCUGAAAACAUUUGUAAAUGUUUAUAUCUUUCAUACUCACAUCCACAUAUCGUUACAUAUGCUUUAGAAACCAUUUAUCAAUUUGCAAGACAAGAUGAUGAACUUCAACAAUGUAUUAUCAAUGCUGGUGUCAUGUGGCAUUUAUUAAGAUUACUUUAUGGUUAUGAUCACACUCUUUUCAACAGCGGUAUAGAAGUUAAUCUCGAAUCAAAUAGAAUUUUAAUUGCCAAUCUUCAUGCUAAAUUAUCAUUAAAAUGUAUUAGAAGAUUCUGUGGUAUUAGAUCGGAAGAAGAUAUAGAAGGUUAUGUUGAGCCAUCUGACAAACCAGCAGAGCCAGCUAAAAAACCAGCUCCAGUCGUUCAAAUACCAACAGGUCCAAUUGCCACUCCGGUUACAGAAUAUAACCAAUUACAACUUACUAGUGGCCAACCAACUCCAUCAACCAACUCUACCUCUACUGCCAAUAAUAAUCCAUUAAGUAGUAGUGGUAGCGGUAGUACAACACCAAAUCCAUUAACCUCAUCAACCAAUACUACUCCAUCACAAUCACCAUUAAAUCAAUCUGGUAGUAAUAAUGUUCCAUCCUCAAAUCAAGUUGCUUUACAAACCCAACAAAAGAUUAAUACUAGCAAUAUUAAUAGCUCACCAACUCAAUCAGCCCAACCAUCCAAUUCAAACAAAGACCAAAUGGCUCAACAAAAAUAUCAAAAAGAACUCAAAGAAUACAUGGAAAAACCAGAAACUGAAUUCAAUGUUAGAGUUAGAGAAAUGGUUACAGAAUAUUUAACUCCACAUAUUGUUUUAAGAUUAAAAAUGCCAAUUGGUACUAUUCCAAGCAAACACUACCACAAAUUAUUAACCGAAAUGAAUACCAAACACGAAACUGCUGCAUUCAUUUGGAAUAAUUCAACUAGAGAAGAUUUAAUGGAAUAUUUGAACAAGAGACUUGAUGAUGCUCACAAGAAUCCAACCACCAUCAACCCAUUCUCUGUUGAUAACUUUACUUAUAAAUCAUUAUCUAAUGAACUUAAAGUUGGAGGCUAUUACCUUCGUGUUUAUAAUGCAAAUCCAUCAGCUCCAACCAAUGCCACCACUCCAAUUGUCGAGCUAUUUGCCCAUUUAAUCGAUUUCUUGGGCAAAGAAAGAGCUACCCACGAGCAUCCAAUUCGUACACCAGAUAGUAAACUUUGGGAUAUUUAUAUUGUAAAGAUCACCUCUGCUCUUGAAUCACUUAGAAAUGUUAUUCAAUUUGGCAAAGUUACACCAACUCUUUUUAACUUGGCUGGUUCAAAUAGAAUGAGAUUACUUUUCAGCUUCCUCGCCCAUCAAGAUAAUGUUAAGAUUCAAAAACUCGUAUUAGAAACUUUAAUUUUAGUUACCUCAAAUAUGGAAUGUAUCAACUAUAUAGCUCAAUGCUCCUCUGAACCAGAAGGCUCAAUAUUACCAUAUCUUUUGCAACUUGUAUCCAAACCAAACCCAACCACUAUCGAAUUAACUCUUAAAGUUCUCUACUCUUUAGUUGCUCUUUCUCAUCAUGUAUUCGAUAUUAUCAAUCAUUGUGGUCUCCUAUAUCUUAUAGAUGUAUUCUCAAAUAAUCAAAUUGUUAUGGAAAAUCGUAUUAAAGCAGUUGGUGUCUUGGGCAGAAUGAUUAUGGAUAAAGUUCAUGGUCCAAAAGUUGCUCUAUUAAUUGGCAAGUUUAUUCCACCAGUUUUCAAUUCAACUAUGAGUGAAGACCCACAACAAACCGUUAUGGUAUUUGAUGCUCAACACGAAAAUCCAGAAUUAAUUUGGAAUAAUAAUACUAGAGCCAUUCUUAAAGAUACAUUAACCAAAAUGGAAAAAGAAUACCAAGCUCAAGUCAUUGCUGCCAAAUCCUUUAAUGUUCAAUGGAAAUUACCAUCUGAUGACUUCCAAGUUAUUUAUUCUUUAGAUGGUGAAAACGAACUUAUCAUUGGCGGUGUCUACAUUUCAUUAUUCCUCAAACAACCAGGAUGGUCUUUAAGAAAUCCAAGAAAAUUCCUUUUAGAGGUUUUUGAUACUCUUUUAAAUUGUGCCAAUAGAACCGAAACCGAAUCUCAAAUUGACCCAAAGAUUCAACCAUUGUCAUUAGCUAUUAUUUCAUUAUUCCAACAUCAUAAUGUUUUAUCGGAUCAAUUACCCUCAACCGGUUAUAUCGAAAAAAUUUUACCAUUGUUUGGUCAUUCAGUAUCUCAAAUUCGUUCAUUGAUGAUUAAUAUCCUCCACUCUAUGUCUGAAAGUCAAGUUUGUGUUGAUCAUCUUUCAAAGAUUGGUAUUCUCUGGAAUCAUCUUUCAAGGGCUAUAAGUAUGCCAAACGAUAAUUUAUCCCUAACCGCCGAAUGUAUUUUAAAGAUUUUGUCAUUAAACAAAUGUGAAAAGACUUGCUUCUCUGAGCAAGCAACUCGUGGUGAUUUCAUCCAACAAUCACUUAAACUUUUAGAAAGAGGUAAAGGUGUUUCUCCAACAACUCAAGCUUUAAUUGUAAAUUACUUAAAGAAGUUAGAAACAGAUGGCAUGCAUGGCGCGCUUAUCACUGAAAUCCUCGAUAAAUCAGAAAUUUGGUCAUCCUAUUCAUCACAAUCUCACGAUCUUUUCAUUACCGCUCCAGCUCAAAAUGCCGUUGGUUUAUUAACUGGUGGUACCCAAAGCAACACUGUCGGUUUAUUAACCUCUGCCGCUUUUAAUAAUACAACUCUUGGUAAAAAUGAUGAACCACCACCAUUACUUUAG